AUGCCUUUCGAAAACUUUCUCAGAGGACCCAACGAGCCAAAGAGUGUGCCGCAACAACCUCCUACUGAGCAAUACGAAUCUGCCAAGAGUUUCUUGGACCUGUUUUCGCAGAAGGGCAAACUGGUGGUGGUAACAGGAGCAGCAGGAGCCAUAGGAGGAGCUAUUUGCCACGGAUUUGCCUCAGCCGGCGCAGAUCUGUGUGUGUUGGACUACAAGUACGACGCAGCAUUGGCAGAAUUCCUAGCGGAAAAAUACAACAUCACGGCCAAAGCGUACCAGGUGGAUAUCACCAAAGCUGAAGACGUGGAAACUUGCGUGCAGGCAAUCCAAAAGGACUUCCCGGGCCGCAGCAUCGACACUUUUAUUGCCAACGCAGGAGUGGCAUGGACACACGGCAGCAUUCUGAAUGAAAGCUCGACUCCAGACGCUUGGAAACGAGUGAUGGACGUCAACGUCCAGGGAACUUUCCAUUGCUCGAAAUCCAUCGCCCAGGUUUUCAAGCUGCAGGGCCAUGGAUCGCUGAUCCUGACUGCAUCGAUGUCGUCGCACAUCGCCAACGUGCCUAACUAUCAGACCUGCUACAAUGCCUCCAAAGCGGCCGUCAGACACAUGGCCCGUGGUUUUGCCGUGGAAUUCGCCCAUUUGACUGAGCCUGCAGGCCGGAUCCGCUGCAACUCAGUGUCUCCGGGCUACACAGACACCAUUCUGAGCUCUUUUGUCCCUACAGAGCAGCGGGCCCAAUGGUGGGGGCUCACUCCGCAGGGUCGUGAAGCCUUGCCCCAGGAGCUGGUCGGAGCGUAUCUCUACCUGGCCUCGGACGCUGCCUCGUUCACCAACGGUUGUGAUAUCCCCGUGGAUGGAGGUUACACCUGUGUGUAA